CUCUUACGUAGGAUUCGUAAUUUGCGGAAGUGAAUUGGACAUGUAGUAACGUUACCUGCGCGCUCUAGUCACUCCGCCAUGCGUUCGCUUGUUGGUCUGAUCGCUGUAAUAUCCACGGCUACUUUUUACCUUUAUUUACUGUCCACUUAUCUUCCCCCUGGACCUCAGCUGCCUAAGGGAGAGCAUGAAGGAGAGACGAGAAAAUCUAAUGAUGAGGACAGCCCAAGUGAAACGGAGACUUCAGCCUCCAGGUUGAAGUUCCCAUCAGACCUGCAUGAGCUGAAAGAGAUGGCAGAGCUGUUGCAGUUUUAUAAGACCGAGCACACAGGAUAUGUGCUGUUACUCUUCUGCAGUGCCUACCUCUACAAGCAGGCUUUUGCUAUACCCGGCUCCUCUUUCUUAAACAUCUUGGCUGGGGCCUUGUUUGGGACGUGGUAUGGUCUUCUCCUCGCCUGUGUCCUCACCACAGUGGGCGCCACUCUCUGUUUCCUUCUGUCCCAGGCGUUCGGCAAACAGCACAUUGUGAGACUCUUCCCUGACAAAGUGGCCAUGCUGCAAAAGAAGGUUGAGGAAAACAGAAGUAGCUUGUUCUUUUUUCUGUUGUUCCUGAGAUUCUUUCCCAUGAGUCCAAACUGGUUCUUAAACAUGACCUCACCGAUACUGAAUAUUCCCGUCACUCUUUUCUUCAUGGCUGUCUUCAUUGGCCUGAUGCCGUACAACUUCAUCUGCGUCCAGACGGGAUCAAUGCUCUCUCGUAUCUCCUCUCUGGACGACUUGUUCUCCUGGAGUGUGGUGUUGAAACUACUGCUUAUUGCAUGUGUUGCUCUUCUGCCUGGAGCUCUGAUCCGUAAAUGCAGCACUCGGCAUCUCCAUCUGGACGGCCUUGAAACAAAUGGACUCAGUCAAGACAGGAAGAAGAAGAACAGAUAAGGGACAGUGUGGAGCCAGUCAUUCAGCCCCCUUGGCUGCUUUAUGGGUGGCUACUAUUUGUAUUUAAAAUCUUUUUUGUGGCUUCACAUUUUUAAAAAUGGAAAUGUAAUUUUUACAGAUUCUUUACUUGGAAGACUGAUAUGGUUUAACUUGCAUGGGUUGUGAUGUAAGUGAGAAAAAGGGACUUUUUGCCUCCUUUUUUUGGAAUUUUUGUAUUUAUAUAUAAUGUUGGUGGUCUUGAAUUCUGAAUCCUGCUUUUAUGUACAAAUCAGAAUUAUUAAUCUAUCGGUUUUCACUUAUUACACAUACUGUACAUUUAUUCCGGUGCACAUCAGCUGUCCAUAACAUGCUUUUGUGGUUUAAAAGAUGUGGAAUCGUGCAGCAAAGUAUAGAUAUUUGAGGUAUUUAAUACAAUUUUGGUUGUGGGUUACUGUCUUUGAUGUCUCACAGCAGCCUUAAAAGUGACCUACCUCACUGAAGUGAAAUAUUUCAUAUUUUACUUUCUUGGAGUACUUGAAAAUAUUAAAAUGGAACAUCGAGCUGUAAAUAUUCA